AUGCCAUCAAUAAAUUCUGACAAGGACCUCCCAAAGAUACUCGACACACCAUCAAAGCAAGUCAAAUGGGUAAAGAAAUUGAUUCUGAAACACCUGGGCAGCGCUGUCAAACGCGUCGACAGGCCUCCUAUUCAGGGAAUGUUCACCCGAACCUUGAUGUUAGUAUUAGCAGAUGGCCGUGAGGUUGUCCAGCAAUUUCGCAGUGAGCCACUGGACGUAUAUGCCUUCCAGCUUGCACAGAAGACCUUGGGUUCUGUUGUACCCGACGUUACAGCCUUACCAGACGAGGAUCUCCUUCGUGAGGGAAUUUGGGCCUAUUCCUUUAAUCGUCUGCCAGGAAAAUUAUGGGUUCAUGGAAUUGCUGGCAAGGGAGCAGAAGGUCGAGUUGCGAUAAACAAAUCUCUUAGUCGCAAUCUUGAAAGGCUGGAGGAACUUCCUCUCUGGAUAACUCACUAUGAUGACAAUAAAGUGAAUGUGCUUAUCGAUGAAGAAUUCAAUAUUACCGGCCUCAUUGACUGGGAUCUGUCGACCCCCCUUCCAUUUGGAGUCAACUUCGGUCGCAUUCAUACUUACGCUGGCGAAUAUACUGGUGGGGAGUUUUGGGUGCCAGAUGAAUUUGAAGAAGCAGAAAAAUGCUUCUGGAAUGAACUCUUUCGUGGAAUGCAGGCAGGAACUCGAACCAAAUUGGAAGGGCAAAUGGACCUUAUUCAGGAUGCUGUUAUCCUUGGAACCCUGUUAGAUUGCCUGUCCUUUGUUGAUGGGGAGGUCAUUGUUGGCGAGUUCUCAAUUAAGGCUCUUCAUAAGCUUCUCACUUACCGAAUCCCCUUUGUUAGAGGAGAUGAUCCCCCAUACAAGGGAUAG